GGGUGAGAAGCAACCAAUGGUUCCUUGCUUCCUUGGCGGCAUGGAGAAUUGUAGAAAUGCGAUCACAAUCAAAGCUUAUUUCUCAGGCACAUCCGACGCUUAAUCUAGUUCAUCCAACCCCCGAAGUUUUUAUCUGGAACACAAUUAUUCGAUCUCAUUUCCGUCAUGGCGAUCGAUCACUACCCUCUGUCUCUGCUCCACUCUCCGCAUUCCUUCGCAUGCGUUUCCAUGGCGUCAACCCAGAUUUCUACACCUUCCCUUUCAUUCUUCAAUUAUUUCAAAUCCCCUCUUAUCUCCAUCUGGGUAAGUCCAUUCACGCUCAGAUUCAUCACUUCGGCUUCGUCCGUAAUCGAUUCUGUCAGACGUCUCUCAUCAACAUGUAUUCCAAUUGUGGCGAUAUGUAUCUCGCUAGAAAGCUAUUUGACGAGAUAAAUCUCCCUGAUUUGCCUUCUUGGAACUCGAUUCUCACAGGUUAUAUUAGAAUUGGUUUGGUUGAUAAUGCACGUAAGGUGUUCGACGAAAUGCCUGAAAGAAAUGUCGUGUCUUGGAGUUCUAUGAUAGAUGGGUAUAGUAGGUGUGGAGAUUGUGAAAAGGCACUCCAAUUGUUUAAUUCUAUGGAAGGAUCGAAACCGAACGAAUUCACCAUGUCCUCGGUUCUCUCGGCUUGUGGUCAGCUCGGUAAUUUGGACAAAGGAAUGAACGCUCACGAUUACAUUAAGGAAAACGAUAUGGAAAACAAUGUAAUUGUCGCAACAGGUUUGAUCGAUAUGUACGUGAAAUGUGGGAGUAUCGAUAGAGCAAGAGACGUGUUUAAUAAGUUAGGUCCAACCGAGGAUGUAAUGGCUUGGACCGCCUUCAUCUCCGGUUUGGCUAUACACGGCUGCAGCCAUGAAUGUCUUGAACAAUUUAAUAACAUGUUGGUUCGAGAAGUAAGGCCUAAUUCAGUUACGUUCGUUGGUUUGCUCUCCGCGUGUGCUCAUGGAGGCUUAGUAAGCGAAGGAGAAGCGUAUUUCGAUAGGAUGAUGAACGAGUUCGGAAUUAGUCCGAGGAUUCAGCAUUACGGUUGUAUGGUUGAUCUUUAUAGCAGGGCAGGUUUGGUAAGAAGGGCGUGGGAUUUGGUUCUAUCGAUGCCAAUUGAACCGGAUGUUCUUAUAUGGGGAUCUCUUUUGAGUGGUUCGAGGACGCAUUUUGACGUGGAAAUGUGCGAGAAAGCAAUUGGGAAACUAAUCGAGUUAGAACCGAUGAAUAGUGGAGCUUACGUGCUUUUAUCGAAUGUGUAUGUAAAAGCCGGGAGAUGGAAAGAUGUGAAAAUUGUUCGCGACUUGAUGAAGGCGAAGGGGGUGAAGAAAGUUCAAGGGUAUAGUAUGGUUGAUAUAGACGGGGUUAGGCAUAGAUUUGUUGUGGGCGAUGAGUCCCAUCCCGAGAUUAGAGAUGUUUAUGUUAAGCUUGAUGAGAUUAUGAUGAAGUUGAAAAUGGAGGGAUAUGUUGGGGAUGUUAAGGAGGUGUUGCUUGAUUUGGACGAGGAAGAAGGGAAGGAGAUGGCAUUGUGGAGACAUAGUGAGAAAUUGGCGGUUGCAUUUGCGAUUUUGAAAACGGGGGAGGGUGAGUCGAUUCGUGUGAUGAAGAAUCUUAGGAUUUGUAGCGAUUGUCAUGUUGCGAUGAAGAUGAUUUCGAGGGUAUUUAAUAGGGAGAUUAUUGUUAGGGAUUGUAAUAGGUUUCAUCGAUUUUGUAACGGUAUUUGUUCUUGUAACGAUUUUUGGUGACCAUUUCUAUAUGGUUUGAUG